AUGGAUGACGGUAAAAACCGUCACAUGUUGCUGGCCAACGACGACGUUUUCGCCGAGGGGCAACAGGACCGACAAGACGAGCUCGACGCAUUGGUUGACAGUCUUGCUCAGCCAUCGGGUCUGGGAGAUCUGCAGAGCUUCUUGGUCAACUCACAACGAUCUCGUGGCGGAGACGGACAUAUUUCCGACGAGCAAGAGCAGAAGCAGAAAGAGCUGGAUGCGCUGGUGGACUCACUGUCCGGAAUCUCCAUGGCUCCUUCUCCAGCAACCGCUACGGCCACGGCUUUGCUGGCAUCGGACGUUAACGACGUGGGCGUUGCCAAUACGCAGGCUUCGUUCCUCAACGUGAUAGAAGGUGCGGUCCUGCUACUGGUUGCUGUGGUGCUGAUCGCCAUGACCAGACGUUCGCAGUCGAAGCGAGAGGAAGAGGCGGAUGAGCGCAUGGAUUUUGGCUACAUCAUCUUGUAUGAGUGA